UGAUCUUUAAUUUUGUAUAGUAGAAUGAAGUAUAUUUUAUUUAUUUUAAUUUCAACUUGCGUGGUUUCCUCGGGGAAGUCGGCUCUGGAGGAUAAGAUUACCAGAUCCAUGAUACACACCGAUUACGAAGUUAGAAGGUACAUGACUAAGUGUUUUGAGGACUGUAAAAAUUAUAUAAAUGAGAUUGAUGAUUAUAUUCAGAAAAUUGAGGCCGCUAGGUUCAAGGAAAGUUCCAAGAAACACGCCGCCAAAUUCAGGCUCCACUAUAAGGAAUUCUAUGGUGAAUUCAAAAAAUUAAGAACCACGUACGAAGCAUAUAAAUUUGAUGAAAGCGAUCCACUGUUUAGAAGUAAAUUUCGCGAGAAUCUCACUGUGUUUGAUAAAACAUUCAGGAAGGCCAGCUCCACAUACUCUCGCUCCUUCAGGAGCGUAACUAAAUCCCUGACGAAGCUGGAUGAAAGUAAAAUGGCCUAUAUGGAUACAGAAGUGUAUAAAAAGUGUGAGAAGGCUACUUUAAUAACAACUCACAGACUCAGGGCUAUUGAACAAAUGGUUAAAAUAUUAGAAAUCAGAGGAGAUGAAUGCGGUCCCUUAUCUAACAGAGAACAGUUCCACAAGGACGCCACUGAUAAAAUAAAUCGUUUACGUGAUGAAAGUAAGAAGGCGAUAGAUGAGUUCCCGGUAACAGUAGUCAACGAGGAGCAAUAUAACAAGCUGGGCGAAGUUGAGGAACGAGUAAAGACCUUGUUCGAAACUGGAAUUAAAACCCUGGAAGAGUUUGACGAAAAUCUUCGGAAAAUGUAUGAAUCUAAAGGAGGAAAAUACAACGAUGAUUUUAGAAAAUUAAUUAAAUUCUUUGAAAGAAUCCCCUUCAGAUUAUCAAGUUUUGUCACUCCAAAUACCCUGGGAUCCAUGAUUAUCGUCGCUUUCUUACUCAUGAACUUUUAACAACAUUAUUUUGGUUUUAAUCUUUUCUUUUUAAAUUUACUCGUAAUGUGUAUGCUAUGGGGAUUCAUUACGCUUUUCUCUUGAUUUCUCUAUUAAUACAUUAAUUUAAUAAAUAAUUA